CAUAAAGCAUGGACAUCUAAGAAGGAGAAAGCUGAAAAGCAUAUAAUACAAGGAGGAACAGCAAGAACAUCUAAGAAGGAGAAUGCUAAAAAGCAUAUAUUACAAGGAGGAACAGCAAGAACAUCUAAGAAUGAGAAUGCUAAAAAGCAUAUAUUACAAGGAGGAACAGCAAGAACAUCUAAGAAUGAGAAUGCUAAAAAGCAUAUAUUACAAGGAGGAACACCAAGAACAUCUAAGAAGGAGAAUGCUAAAAAGCAUAUAUUACAAGGUGGAACAGCAAGAACAUCUAAGAAGGAGAAAGCUAAAAGCAUAUAUUACAAGGAGGAACAGCAAGAACAUCUAAGAAAGAGAAUGCUAAAAAGCAUAUAUUACAAGGAGGAACAGCAAGAACAUCUAAGAAGGAGAAUGCUAAAAAGCAUAUUGUACAAGGAGGAACCGCAAGAACAUCUAACAAUGAGAAUAUUUAGAUCAAGACAUGACGAUUCAGAUUCAGAUAAUAAGGAUUCAGAUUCAGAUGAAGACCAUGACGAUUCAGAUAAUAAGGAUUCAGAUUCAGAUCAAGGCUAUGACGAUUCAGAUAAUAAGGAUUCAGAUUCAGAUCAAGGCUAUGACGAUUCAGAUUCAGAUAAUAAGGAUUCAGAUUCAGUUCAAGACCAUGACGAUUCAGACUUAGAUAAUAAGGAUUCAGAUUCAGAUCAAGACCAUAACGAUUCAGAUAAUAAUGAUUCAGACCAUGACAAUUCAGAUUCAGGGGAUAAGGAUUCAUAUUCUGAUUCAGAUGAUAUAUUUGAACCUUAUUAG